UGUUGCAAUCUGAUGUUUUUACAUUGAAAUACAUUUUCUAAUCAUCAUCAUAAACAUUUUGCCGUUUUAAAAUAUAAGUGUGCUUGUUCUAUGGAUGGUUUAAUGUUUCACGCACUAGUCAAAUUCCAUUUUAUAUGGAACAACGUUUUUUUUUUAAUGAUUCCUGUCGGAUAGGUUUGUGUGAGUACCGUUGCUAUAGGCAGCAUCAUCAACGCAAUUUUUAAGGCUUGUCUAAAAACUAUGUGACAUCAGCUAGCUAGCCUAGCUAGCUGGGAAAAUGUUAUACUUUUCUGAAAAACAGCAGUAAGCUGCGAGAAGUGGAGUAGGCUACUCGACAGUAAAAGCCAGUUAGUGCUAACGUUAGCAGAAGGCUAACCAUAACCAUGCAAGACUGUUUUGCAGGCUGCUAUUAUUAGGAGUGUAGGCAUCAGCAUUUUUCACGAUUUGGGACGUCAGGAUCGGAUCGGAUCAGGUUUCGUAGCUGGCUCUUUAUUUGGUAGCAGCUAUGCAUCUGACAGUAAUCGUGAUUUGAACUUUCCAGGAAGGCAUUGAAAGGAUAACAUCAGCAACUCAGCACCUACGCAAGACCAUGCCCCGCCCCUGCCAAAGAUGAGCUAAAAAGGGACAAAGAGAGACUUGUAAUUGUAAGAUGUCGGAACGAUAUCCUUUGGCCGAGAAAGCUCUAUCCGAGGGUUAUGCCCGGCUGAGGUUUAGAGACACAUCGCUGCUCAUCUGGCAACAACAACAGCUGGAACUGGAACAGGCACCGCCAGCAAACUACCUCAGUCGGAGUCAGAGUACAUGGUACAGUCAAUACGGGAACCAAGCCGUCGUAGUACGGGAUAAAAACACCCUUGAUGCCGCUGAGACCAGCGGCCGUUCCAGGAUUUGUCUAAUUAUGUGACAGCUGUCACAAGAGACGUACUGAAAAUGUCCUUGGUGGUAAAUGACUGUGUCAGUAUGUGUAUCUGGUCAUGGGGGGUAAGCCUGGUUUGAGGCAUGCAUUACAGUGUUACAUAUUUCUUGCCUUCAUGUCAGAACACGUCCGCGGUACAUUCAUUGCAGUGUAAUAUUUUUGUAUGUUAUAUAUACAAUUUAUUUUGUAAAUAGUCAUGUUUUUACGUGUUUAUAUUUUGAAUGUUUCAAGCUAUCGUUUCAAACGAAGAUGUGCUACUAGGGCAUACCUCCAUGGACCCAUUAGCGACCCAAAAAUGAUUAUACAAUCUGGCUUCAGCACACUUGCGGGACAUGAAAGAAUGCAGAGGAGAAAAUCUACACGGGCCGUGAAAUAACCACUUUAACGAACUAUUACAACGUACAGUACUACACAUCAGUCAAACUUUCUGAAGAUCCAUCCAGGAUAACAGGAUCUAAUCCUCAUGUCACACAGGAGUGCUGAAACAGGGUUGACUACCACACGGUCAAUAAAACUUUAUUCGAAAAGGCAAAAAACUCAUUUAUACAAGUUUGUUUUGAAGCACAGGCUCUGCUGGCUUCCUUAGAGCCAGUCCAGUCAUGGAGCAUCACAGGCCUGGACUACAACAAGCUACUGGGCAACCAGACGAUGUUGUGGUGAUCAAGUCUCUGUAGGGCACGGUCACAAGGCAUCAGAGGUGUUCUACAGAGAACCACACAUCCACAGGUUACGUUUAUGUAGUUUAUUUAUGAAAACAAAGGAACUCAGAAAAUAAGGGAUCCCAUAGAAGUAAUUACAUCAGUUCAUUCAGCUUUGCUUGUCUGUUCUCCCCCAGGUGGCCUGGAGGUUAGGAUGAUGAUUCCUCCAGGGCUGUUGUCUGCACGAGAUACCAUACAGUGCUCAAAGAAUAUCUGAGAAAAGUUAUCAGUCGGAGUGCAUGCAAAUACAUAAAAUCAUUUAAUUAAAAUAUAAAAUCAACUAUAAAUUGACCAUGAAACUAAAAACAAAAAUGAGUGAAUAUGAUGAAAAGACUUCUACUCAUAUCCCCUUUCAUCAGUCAGCUAAUCCAGCUGAUGCUGUCUGUGUUGUGGGUCACCAGGCGUUGGGAAGUCCCCUCCUCUGGCCGUAGGACUGACGGGAGACAGUCACACUUAUCACGUCAGAUAAAACAGAGCCACGUCUGUCAUCAGUCACCACAGCUGUAUAACACAAGGUAUCAAACAAACAACCUGAAUACAUGAUUUGGAAUUUGGAAGGAAGACCAGAGAGCAAAUCACAACAUAGUUCACUAGCUUGAUUUACAAAAGGUCUCGCUAUGCUCAAAUAGAAAACAAAAAGAUGGGUGACAUUUACUUUGAACAGACUGUCAUGUGUCCUGUGUUCAGUAAACUAAUUAAGUUGUUUUUAUGUGUUUUUCACACAAAUACUACAGAGAACCAGGCUACAGUUAGUGUUUGUUACACCAGAAUAGGAAAAAAUGAAACAUUUCAAUAGAACCGCUGUCUGAUAAACAAACAAACAAACCAUUGUAUUACAUUCAGAAAUGACUGGUGGCAGUAAUGGCAGGUGCCAGGUUGUGGCACUGCCCCACCACUGGCAGAGAGAGGAGUGAAAGAGACAGGAGCUAGAGAAACAGCGAAUAAAGUAGGAGGAAAACCCUAGGGGAAAAAA